UGAAACAAAACUUCAGACAGGAAUCCUUGGGACCUGACACAAUGGAGACGGAAAGUGAGCAGAAUUCAAAUUCAGCCAGUGGCAGUUCAGGCUCUGGUGGAAGCACUCGCCCUCAGAUAUCGCAAAUGACACUCUAUGAGCGGCAGGCAGUGCAGGCCCUUCAAGCACUACAGCGACAACCCAAUGCAGCCCAAUACUUCCAUCAAUUUAUGCUUCAACAACAGCUCAACAGUGCUCAACUUCACAGUCUGGCUGCAGUCCAGCAGGCCACAAUUGCAGCCAGCAGACAGGCAAGCUCUCCAAACACAAGCUCCCCUCAGCAGACAGCCACCACCCAGGCUUCAAUUAAUCUGGCUACCACAUCAGCUGCACAAUUAAUCAGUCGCUCACAAAGCGUGAGUUCACCUGGUGCCACGACACUGACACAAUCAGUCCUUCUAGGAAACACCACUUCACCACCUCUUAACCAGUCACAAGCUCAAAUGUAUCUUCGGCCACAGCUGGGGAAUCUGUUGCAGGUGAACCGGACCUUGGGCCGCAAUGUACCUCUUACUUCCCAGCUCAUCUUGAUGCCAAAUGGGGCUGUGGCUGCUGUUCAGCAGGAAUCACCUUCCCCUCAUGCUCCUGGGAUCCACACAGACACAGACCAGGUGCAGAAUUUGGCUGUCAGGAGCCAGCAGACUUCAGUAGCUAAUGCACCACUCCAAGGUUCUACUCCAAAGGCUACUUUGCCAGGGAAUUCCCAGUCUUCAGUACUACCCCAUGCUGCCCAAACAUUGACAGUAACCCAAGGAUCUUCUGGCAAUGUAGGCCAGUCACUCAAUCUAAGCCAAGGUGCAGCAGGAAGUAAUGGCAUUUCUGGAGGUAUGGCCUCGUCAGUAGGCAGUCAUGCUACCACUGGGUUGAACCAGUCAACUUCAUCUGGCCCAGGAUCCAGCUGCCAAAGGAAAGGCACUGGUGUGGUUCAGCCUUUACCAGUACCUUCUGCUCCCCAGGCAGUGACUGUGAGCCAAGGAAGUCAGACAGAGGCAGACAGUAUGGCAGCAAAGAAAGCUGAAGGUGAUGGUAAUGGGCAACAGACUGUGGGCAUGAAUCUGACCAGGACAGCUACACCAGCUCCAAGCCAAACUUUGAUCAGCUCUGCUACGUAUACCCAAAUCCAGCCUCAUUCACUGAUCCAGCAACAGCAGCAAAUUCACCUCCAGAAGCAAGUGGUGAUCCAGCAACAAAUUGCUAUCCAUCACCAGCAGCCAUUCCAGCAUCGUCAGUCCCAACUCCUGCACACUGCUACACACCUCCAGCUGGCCCAGCAGCAGCAGCAAGCUCCACCUAUGACCCAGCAGCAGCAGGGGCCACCACAAAUUCCACAACAAGCCUCAUCUCUUCAUGGCCAACAGCAAGCCCAAACUCUUGUUGUCCAGCCCAUGUUGCAGUCACAACCUCAGCCAGUGCAGCUCCACCAGGACAGUCAUUGCCAGACAGUCACUAAGACCUCUGUCCCUAUUCAAUCCAAGCCUCCCACAGCCCCUCUGAAACACUCACAAAUUGGUGCGGCCAAAAUGUCAGCUUCCCAGCAGCCCCCCCCUCAUAUACCAGUACAGAUGGUAGGAAAUCGUCAGCAAGGUUCAGCUCAGGCUCAGGCAUUAGGGCUUCCUCAGAUGAACACAGCCGUGCAGCCCCCCCGGGGUGUGCCAGCUGUAGUGCAGCCAGUAUCCCAAACCCAUACAGUGUCCUCAUUAGCACAGAUCUCUUCCUCUUCUUCCUCUUCUUCGGUAUCAUCAUCACCACCACCACCUUCUCUUCAAGAAGCACUUUCUCCGCUCAUUGCUGGAGCCAAUGUAGCACAGGGCACAGUGCAGGUGAAGAGCACUACUUAAUCUCCAAUCCUUACUCAAGCAUCAGCCACAGCAUAUUAUGUACAGCCAGUCCAGUUAUCAAGCAAGCCCCAGGCUUUGGCAGUCAAGCGCAAGGCAGAAUCUGAAGAGGAGAGAGAAGAUUCUAGUACACCAUCUUUACAGGCUGUCAGAUCUUCUCCUGUGGCUGAGAGCCCCAAAAUCAUAGAAGAUAAGGGUGGCCUUGGAGAGAAGACUGACUCUGUCACCAGUGGUACUCUAAAUGCAUCCCCAAGUGAUCCCAACUCUGCAAAUCCAACAAUUGCUUCUGUUCCUACACUGGCUGUGUCGUCACGUCAGACUGGAGAUUCCAAACCUCCACAAGCCAUUGUCAAACCUCAGAUUCUUACACAUAUCAUAGAGGGCUUUGUUAUUCAAGAAGGGGCAGAGCCUUUCCCGGUGGGCUAUUCUCAGUUCCUUAAAGACUUUGAAAAGCCUCUUCAAGGGGCCACUCCUUCUAGGCAAUCUAACAACCAACCCAGCAACUCUCCUGGAGUAGAAAGUUUAACAGUUGAUCAAGACAAGAAAGGAAACUUGCUGAAAUGUGAGUUCUGCGGCAAAUAUGGCCCUGCAAGUCAGUUCCGUGGUUCCAAGAGGUUCUGUUCUGUAACAUGUGCAAAGAGGUAUAAUGUGAGCUGCAGCCACCAACUACGUCUGCAAAGGAAAAAAAUAAAAGAGCUCCAAGAAGCAAAUUAUGCUCGUCGUCGACGUGGACCCCGGCGCAACAGCUCUGAGAUUGCUCGAGCCAAAAUCCAGGGCAAACAUCACCAGGGCCAAGAAGAUUCAAGCAGAGGAUCUGAUAAUUCUAGUUAUGAUGAAACACUCUCCCCCACUUCACCAGGACCUCUUUCAGUGAGAUCUAGUCAUGGAGACCGAGAGCUUGUCAAUUCCAGCAUGACUCAGCCCAUUUCUGACUUGCAUGGUAUCAAUCCAGUUUUCCUGUCCAGCAAUCCUAGCCGCUGGAGUGUGGAGGAAGUAUAUGAGUUCAUUGCAUCCUUACAAGGCUGCCAGGAGAUUGCAGAGGAAUUUCGGUCCCAGGAGAUAGAUGGCCAGGCCUUGCUUCUGCUAAAAGAAGAACAUCUCAUGAGUGCCAUGAAUAUCAAAUUGGGUCCAGCUCUCAAAAUCUGUGCCAAAAUCAACAUUCUUAAAGAGACCUAACAUGGAAUGCAGAUUUUUUUUUUCCUAGCUGUAAUGAAUACACUAAAUGGAAGAAAAGAAUUCUUUUACAAGCCUGUGUCAUGGUGAUACUUGGGGAGGAAUAUUCCCUUGGAGGCCUUGAAACAUCUUGUCAAAAGCAUAGAAUAUCUUCUGUUGUGCUAUGAAUUCUUUCUGGGGGAAAAAGGGAAAAAACAGUUCUGUGCUGCAGCUGCUGUGAAUCCUUCCUGUCAAGUUGCUGGAUUCUCAUAUUUUUCUCCCAGUAGAAUUGUUCUUUCCACAUGGUUUCAAUUUUCAGGGGACCAAUUGGUACUGAAUCUUUUCUCUUGCUAAAGGCUUCUGUUUGGAACAGUAAAGAAAUGUUUUAAAUGGCAUCUUUUCUAAUUGAAGUAUUGACUGAAGGUAAGUAGUAAAUUGAUUUCAUAUAGAAUACAGGAGUGAACGUUAAUUGAACAUUAAAGACUAGAGUUGGCCCAGGUCUAAUGGGACUAUCCAGAAAACAUUACAUCUGAUAACAACAUCAGAGGGUUUAAAGAUUUUUAAUUUCACUUGUCUCUUGUGGGAUUUGGAGAAAAAUUACUCAAGAGCCAAAAGAGAAUCCAACUCUGUUGAAGCUCCAAGUGUUUCAUCCUGCUUUUUAAAAAAAAUUGUCUUCUUUGGUUUUUGUAUCUUACCCUUUCCCUUAUGAGACAUCAUAUGGGACAAACUUUCUGCUAUCGGGUUUGUAUCUUCUGUCCAAAGUCUGUUUAUUUUUGUUUAUUAAGCAAAUUAUUCAGUAAAAGGAAUGCUUCAUAAACAAUAUUGCAAUCUUCCUGUUGUCUGAUUUUUCUCACCAACUUUUGCACAAUCAGGUUUGCAGCUUGUUUUGAAUUCUCACAAGCUUUGUUAUUGGUCCCUGAAUUUAAAUUUUAGAAAUGAUUUUCUGAUCUAUUAGUAAAAGUAAAAUGUAUAUCCACACAAAAUCUUUAAAAUAUCUUUUAAUGUAGAUUCCUGUUCUGGAAUCUACAUAUCUUUAAGUGAACUUUUAUUCUAACAAUUUAGAAUAAUAUUUAAUUUCAUUGUUCUGCCAAUAUAUUUGAAACAAACUUGUAAAGCUGUAUGUUUAAUUUGAAUAAUUAUUUCAAAAUGUAAAUCUCUUAAGAAUAGACAAGGCAGCCUAAUACGAAUUUAACAGAAAAACUUGGAAAAUUUUAUUUUCUACUAGAAAUGUUGGCAUCCUAUAAAAUGCAAAGCUCACCUUGUACUAGAAGAGUUUACAGUGCCAGCAUUGAAAGGUUUUCUUUCUUGAAGUGCAGUUCUAUCAGUAAGCUGUUUUUCUAUAUUCAUGUCUAGUAUGAUCCAAAUUAUUUCAGCUUUCAACAAAUGAAAGAAUUAUAUAUCUGUCAGCUUCAGCUUCUAGACUUAGCCCAUAUUUAUCAUUAGAGUUGUUCCAGCCCUAUUUCCUACCAUUGAACCUUGUUCUUUUCAUUUGAUUUAUACCUGUAAAAUGUGUAAAUGUCUCCCAAAGGUUAGCACAAAACUACAUUGAGAUCAGGAGUUUGUUUUCAAUUAAAAUGUCUUUAAGCUGUAAUUCACAAACUGUUUGGAAACAUUUAAGCAUACACAUAUUGUGAAAUUUCAAGUCAUUUUUAAUGUUAAAAGUUGCAUCUCUUUAAUACAAAAUAUUUUCAACUUUACUAUGAAAAAAAUGACAUAACCCAUUCCUUUUCUCUUAUAAAAGAGCCUGGCAAAGAGGGCUAUACUAUGUCUCAAAUCUUAUCUCAGCUACAGCACCUCUUCGUAAAAGGAGUAAGAAUAGAUACAGCCUAUAGCCUGGAGUUUUACUUCCAAGUAGAUCCACCAAUUCCACUGGGAAGAGACCAAGUAAAGAUGUAAAUAUUUCCCCUCACAGCUAAUAUUCCCAGCAAGUUCAAGUGAAUUCAGGAGUCCUAAUUGCAUUUUAUAUGCAAUUUUGAGAAUUUGCAUUAGGAAACAGUACAACAUGCACCAAAGAAAAGGAAGCAAAUCCCUGAAGCAAACAGACCUGUCAUGCUCUGUCCUUUUUUU